AUGAGUGAACAAGAGGCUAUGGAUACGCAGGAAAAGGAACUUCGUGAAAUGAAAGAGCGUGUUGCUGAAAUGGAAGCAGAAGCAGCGAAGCUUCGAGAUAUGCAAGAACAACUUGACACUGAAGGAGAAGCAUUGCGAAACGAUCGUGAAUCCAUUGACGCUCAAAGUGUUUACGUUGGAAAUGUCGAUUAUAGUGUUACCCCCGAAGAACUACAAAGCCAUUUUGGUAGCUGCGGCUCUAUAAAUCGUGUCACAAUUCUUUGUGAUAAGUUUACAGGACACCCAAAAGGUUUUGCUUAUGUUGAAUUUUCUGAACCUAGUUUGAUACCAAAUGCUUUAUUAUUGAAUGGAUCGAUGCUUCAUGAGCGUCCCCUAAAGGUGACCCCAAAACGCACGAACAUACCUGGAAUGGCCCGUGGACGUGGUAGAGGCCGAGGACGUGGUCGUGGACGUGGUGGCUAUCGGGGAAGAGCCCGUGGUUUUGCACCUUACUAG